UUUGAAUAAAGUCUAGCAAUUUCAUUUAAAAUAAACAUUGUUAUCUUAAAUGUUUGAAUUAGUUCUCUUUUAUCCAGCAAACAACUGUUGAGACUUUAACCUAAAAUAAUGUUCAAUGAGACACUUGUUUCCGCCAAUAAUGUGUUAAACAGCUCUUGUAUUUGAUCGACAGUAGAUCAUCAGUGUGUGCUUCUGUACGUGUUGAAUACCUGCAGUCUGUGUCUCUCUACACUUUGUAGUUAGUGAAGGUGAAAGAAGUGUCUGGAUUCAGUGAUCAGAAUUCAUGCUGUUGAGUGGAGAGCUGUUGUAAAGCAUGCUGUGCAGCUUUAGUCUCAGAGCUGGAAGAGUUAUCAUUUACAUGUUGACUGAUGACAGGCCUUACACUGACGGUUGUGCAGUUUGUCGAUCAAGGACAAAGUUCACACAGUGGAUUAGAGGUAUUUUAUCUGAGCAUUUUAUUGGAGGUCCUCAUCAUGUCGAAGGUUUAUGGAAAGUGUUUCUGUCGAACAACUUCUGUGCAGAUACCUGUACAAAGUCAUCGUCCUGAGCUGAAAACCAAAGUACAUUUCCCUCUGAAAGACAUCCUGACAUCCUCUGCUGGUGAAUAAAUGACAUAGCAGCAUUUCCUGAUGUUGAUAAUUCACCCUGUGACAGAGGGGAGAGAAAAUCAGAGCUGAGAAGCCAUCAGAGGAGGUGAGAUCCCUGCUGGGAGACACAGGUCUGGAGUAUUUAAAGCAUUCAAGAGAAAGGACAGUAACUUAGUGAGUUCUGCUUUCAAAAGACAAUAAAGACCGAGACAAAUGGCUGAGAAAAUCGCUCUUGUUGAACGUUUCCUGAGCUGCCAUGUGUGUUCAGAGACUUUCAGAGAUCCUGUGUCUCUGAGCUGCAACCACAGUUUCUGUUCAAGCUGCCUGCAGAAAUUCUGGGAACAGAGUAAGAACAAAAACUGUCCCAUUUGUAAAAGAAAAUCUUCAAAAGAUCCUGUGGUGAACUUUGCACUAAAGGAGCUGGCUGACUCAUUUGCUGAGAGACAGAAAGCUGGAUCAUCUGAGACAGAAAAAGGAGAGAAGAAGGUGGAGGUGGUGUGUAGUAAACAUCAAGAAGAGCCUAGAUUGUUCUGUAAGGAUGAAGAUAGAGCUGUGUGUCCUGUCUGUGAGUUUUCUCUCCACCAGAGUCACAAGGUGGUUCCUAUAGAACAAGCAGUCGGUGAGCUGAAGGACCUGCUGAAAUCUGACUUAGAGUCUCUGCAGGACAAGAGGGACAAAUACAAACGAGUGGAGACAACAUACAAUGAAGUGAUUCAACUGUCCAAGAAGCAGCUGCUGUCCACAGAGAGGAAGAUCAGAGCAGAGUUCAACCAGCUCCAUCAGGUCCUGAAAGAGGAAGAGGAGUCCAGACUGGCAGCUCUGAGGGAGGAAGAGGAGGAGAAGGGGAAGACUAUCAGCAGAGAGAUGAAGAGCAUUCAGGAGCACAUCUCCUCUCUGUCACACAGUAUCUCUGCUGUUGAAGAAGAGCUGCAGAAACACAACGUGCCCUUCCUCAGCAGUUAUAAAGCCACUCAGAGCAGAGCCAGAGUCCAGAGCUCACUGUCAGACCCACAGCUGCUCUCAGGAGCGCUGACAGAUGUGUCCAAACACCUGGGCAACCUGUCCUGCAGAGUCUGGGAGAAGAUGAAGGACAAGGUCCACUUCAGUCCUGUCAUUCUGGACCCAAACACUGCAAACGGUUGGCUCUGUCUGUCUGAUGAUCUGACCAGUGUGAGAAAUGGAGACAAAUCUCAGCAGCUUCCUGAUAAUCCAGAGAGAUGCACUAACAGUGCUAAUGUUCUUGGUGCUGAGGGCUUCAGCUCAGGGAAACACAGCUGGGAGGUGGAGGUGGGAGAUCAUCCUGCCUGGAAUAUUGGUUUGACUAAAGAGUCAGCUGACAGGAAGGGAAAGAGAUUUGACUCACCAAAAUAUGGAAUCUGGUGUUUAUUUCAUCGCGUUGGAAAAUACACUAAUGGUGACGGUGAGACUGUCAGAGUGGAGAAGAAUCUCCAGAGGAUCAGAGUCCAGCUGGACUAUGACAGGGGGGAGGUGUCCUUCUACGACCCUGAAGACAUGACUCACAUCUACACUCACAGAGACACUUUCACUGAGAAACUCUUCCCAUAUUUCAGUAUUGGAUCAGCUGGUGAUGCUAAAACUGCUGAUAUCAAAAUCUGUCAGACUGAGAUUCCUCUGUGAUGUUCAGGUAGUCAGAGCUGACUGAUUUAUCAUUUUAAUUAAGCGGUGAUUUUUGAUUUGAUCUCUCUUGUUGUUUAAUAUAAAAUGUAUUUCUACAGACACAGUCAAACAUAUAGGUAUAAUUUAGUGUGAGAGACCAAUGUUCUACGUAAUGUAAUUAUGAUGCAAUAAUAAUGGGAUACUUAUUUAAAGUGAUUAUUUUCAUUCACUUGUUUCCGUACAUUAAAAUGUUCCAGAGAUGAGCAACAACCUUAAGAGUUCCUCUUCCUAACCUGUUUAUUUUCAAAAUGUCACAAUACAUUAAAAGAUAUAUAUAUAUAUAACCUUCUCAAAACGCAUUCAUCCAAAUUCAUUUAUAGAUAUUUGUGUUGCAGAUUUUAUUCAACUGUAAUUUGUUUAUUAUGUUUGACUGUUGACCCUUUCUGACAUUUUUCUAUAUUAUUUCAUUUUUAUUCAAACAAAUAAAUCUCCGUCUUUAUUUGUGCUUGUUUGACUGUAGAGAUUUAGAAUAAAUUGUUUGGUAAUGUUUAUAUUGUUCUUCGAGGUUAAAUCAGAGAAUUAAAAACUGAACAUUAAACCAAAUGUUCUCUUAGAAAUUGUGUGGAUUAGUUUUGAAAAAAUAAAUAAGGUUGAUCAGUAAAUUGAUAUUGAUUGUUUUUUGUCAAUAAGUAUCAGAAAAAAAAAUAAAAACAGCAAAACCUCAAA